UUGUAAACAUGUCAAAAGAUCUCAAGGUGUUCCACAACCCGCUAUGGCAAAGGACUGCAAUUUCACCAAUGCAGAGGAAAUGAUCCGAGAUCGAAUAGUAUUCGGUAUCACCUCAUCAAAGAUCAGAGAAAAACUGAUAAACACUAGUGCAGAACUUGCGAUGGACAAAGCCAUUCAAAUCGCGCAGAACAUCGAAUAUGCGCAGGAGCAAUUAAAGUCCAUGUCCGCGACUCCACCGGAGGCCCCAGUCCACGGUGUAAAGCAGAAAGGGUUCCGGCAUAAGGAAUUCCAGGGAGCGAGACUGAAAAGGAAAGGCCCAGCUAAGCUCAGACCUAAUCCAGCAGCCAGUGUAGGAAAUGUGCAAAGUGUGGUGAUAUUGAACACUCUCGCAGUGAGCCGUGUCCGGCAAAAGGAAAAACCUGUUUCAAGUGUAAAAAGCUGAAUCAUUUUAAAUCGCAAAACGUGCAUGAAGUUAAUUUCGAACAUGAUCACUGCCAAGUACCUUUCUGGGUUUGGUAACGAGUUUGCUACGGAGGAUGCCAGAUGUCCAGGAGCUCUACCUGAUGGGCAGAACAACCCACAGAAAUGUGAAUAUGGCCUGUAUGCUGAACAGCUGUCUGGGUCAGCAUUUACUGCUCCUAGGAACUCUAACAUGAGGAGUUGGUUAUACAGGAUUCGUCCAUCUGCCGUGCACACUCCAUUUGAGAAGACUGACCGAGGUAAUAUGACAGAUGACUGGAACAAGGCACAUCCUAACCCUAACCAGAUGAGGUGGCUGCCUUUUGACAUUCCAAACAAGAAGAAUAAGAAACAAGACUUUGUACAGGGCUUGUCCACGGUGUGUGGGGCAGGAGACCCAAUGUCCAGACAUGGAGCUGCUAUCUACAUCUACACCUGCAACUCGCCUAUGGGAGACAGGUGUGUAUACAGCUCUGAUGGGGAUUUUCUCAUAGUUCCCCAGCAGGGCAGUUUGCUGGUAACGACAGAGUUCGGCAAGAUGCUAGUAGAACCAAAUGAAAUCUGCGUCAUUCAGCUUGGGAUGCGGUUUAAUGUGUCUGUGAUGGGCGAGUCACGAGGCUAUGUGCUGGAGGUCUUUGACAGUCAUUUCAUCCUUCCAGACCUGGGACCCAUAGGUGCGAAUGGGUUGGCAAACCCGCGUGACUUCCUGUCACCUGUGGCAUGGUAUGAAGAUCGAGAGGUGAAAGGUUAUGAGGUGAUCAACAAGUAUCAGGGUCACCUCUUCAAGGCAGUACAGGACCAUUCACCAUUUGAUGUUGUGGCCUGGCAUGGAAACUACACACCAUAUAAGUACAACCUGAAAAACUUCAUGGUUAUCAACGCAGUUGCCUUUGACCAUGCUGACCCAUCGAUCUUUACAGUCCUGACCUGCCAAUCAACAAGGCCAGGUGUUGCCAUCGCUGACUUUGUCAUCUUCCCUCCCCGAUGGGGAGUGACAGACAACACUUUCCGCCCCCCAUACUACCACAGAAACUGUAUGAGUGAAUUCAUGGGCCUGAUUCUAGGAAAGUAUGAGGCUAAGGAGAGUGGAUUUAUGCCGGGUGGCUGUACCCUUCACAGUAUGAUGACACCGCAUGGUCCGGAUGCUGAGUGCUUUGAGAAAGCCUCCAAGGAACCCCUUGCACCUGUUCGGGUAGCUGAUGGCACACAAGCAUUUAUGUUUGAGUCGUCAUUGAGUUUCCGUGUGACGGAUUGGGCGAACAAGACAAAGGUGGACGAGAACUACUAUACAUGUUGGCAGCCGCUAAAGAAACACUUUACCCAACCCACCAGCUCCGCAGUGCAGGCUCAAGAAGGGCCUUCAAAGAAGAAGCUGAAAAAGUAGAAAAGUUUGAUGAACAGCCUAGAGAUGCUCCACAUUCAAGAUGUUGUGUCAAGGUUAUCUUUGUGAAAUGUUAUGUAAGUGUGGAAAACUGGGGUAGAAUCAAAGACUAUAUAUUGCUCAAAAAUAGAUCUUCUUAUCUUGCCAUUUUGUAUUGAUAUAUUUUAAAUACAUGUACUACAUGCAAAAACAAUACUGAACAAUAUAACAUUUAGGGAAUAUACUGUAUGUCUUAUAUUGUUUAAAAUACUUGCUUGGCUCACCAUUUAAAGGACAUGAGAAUGCAUUGUACAUGUGCUUCUUUUGUGAUAUAUCCCUGUACAGUAUUGUAUAUUGUUUAAUGUUAAAAAUGUCAGGAAACUGACAACAAUAUUUUUCCAUUUUUUUUUCUUAAGAGUAAUUGUAGUAUUAAUUUGUGUCAGUUUGAAAAAUGUACAUUAUCAUUGGAAUAGGGUUUUGUCUGGAUUUGCAUUAUGUGAUUUGUAAGAUUCAAGAUUUGGUGAGGUGUGUCUUUCUUACCAAUGCUGUGCCCUAGCACAAAUAACCCACAUUCAUUCCUAAUUUUAUUGCAAUACAUGUAAGUUCUCUUAAAUUCUGAAAAUAUCAUAUACAUAUAUAUCUGGUAGACACGAUGGUGUCAUCUUGUAAGAAUAUUUUUAGCUCGACUAUUUGAAGAAUAAGGAGAGCUAUACUACUUACCCUGGCGUCGGCGGCGGAGGCGUCGGCGUUGGCGUCACACCUUGGUUAAGGUUUUGCAUGUAAGCACCUUUAAGUCAUUAUCUCAGUAAAUACAUCAGUUAUUGCAUUGAAACUUUGGAUAUGUAUUCUCAACUAUCUUAUAUACUAAAUUAAUGAGGUUAGAUAACAAUUAUUUGAAUAUAAUGCAAAUAAUAGGCCAUUAUUAUUCGACUUAGAAAUUCUGGUUAAGGUUUUGCGUGUAAGCACACAUAGGUUAAUAUCUCAGCAACUACUGGAGGUAUUGCAUUGAUACUUGAUACAAUGGUAGUCAACCACCCAACUUAAUUGAAUAACCAAGUUAGAUAACUGUAUUUUGCAAAUAAUGGCUCUUAUUAUUAGACUUAGAAAUUCUCGUUAAAUGUUGCAUGGAACCACAUUUAUGUUAAUAUCUCAGCACACCAUGUAUUGCAUUGAAAUCUAAUUUAACAGUGAUCCAUGCAUGUUUCGCCAAAAUGUUUCAAUCCUUACAUUGAAAAGCGGCGGAAUAGUCAAGCGCGCUGUCUCUGUGACAGCUCUUGUUGAUAUGGUGACACUCAGGUGUCAUUACCAGUAAGUUGGGGCUCAAAACAUGCUUGUAAAGCGCUAAGAUAGGUGUAGGUGUUUACAGGUACAUGUAGCUAGACAGGACCCUUGCUAGAGCAAGUGUCCAAACUGGCAGUACCUUAAAGUUGAUAUGGUAUCUUUUGAGUUAUAUCUAUGCAUAAAAUAUCUGAAAUCUCAAAAAUCAAUUCAUUGGUUUAUUGCCUUUUACUAUCACUGUUAAUUCAACUUUGCUACUUUUGUACAUGAAGAUUGAAUUCAUAGGUGCACUGGAAUUUGAAUGUGGAGUUCAAUGUUUAAAUGCCAGUGUGCCUUUUGUGAUUAGUUGUUCCAUGUGUAUGUGAGGAUGUAUCAGUGACUGGCUAUAGAGAAUGGAAAGACAGUUAACUCUGUAACAUUAUGUACCACCUGUGGCACACAGUUGAUGGUAAACUCUGUAACAUUCUGUACCACCUGUGGCACACAGUUGAUGGUAAACUCUGUAACAUUAUGUACCACCUGUGGCACAGUUGAUGGUAAACUCUGUAACAUUAUGUACCACCUGUGGCACACAGUUGAUGGUAAACUCUGUAACAUUCUGUACCACCUGUGGCACACAGUUGAUGGUAAACUCUGUAACAUUAUGUACCACCUGUGGCACACAGUUGAUGGUAAACUCUGUAACAUUAUGUACCACCUGUGGCACACAGUUGAUGGUAAACUCUGUAACAUUCUGUACCACCUGUGGCACAGUUGAUGGUAAACUCUGUAACAUUAUGUACCACCUGUGGCACAGUUGAUGGUAAACUCUGUAACAUUAUGUACCACCUGUGGCACACAGUUGAUGGUAAACUCUGUAACAUUAUGUACCACCUGUGGCACAGUUGAUGGUAAACUCUGUAACAUUAUGUACCACCUGUGGCACACAGUUGAUGGUAAACUCUGUAACAUUAUGUACCACCUGUGGCACAGUUGAUGGUAAACUCUGUAACAUUAUGUACCACCUGUGGCACAGUUGAUGGUAAACUCUGUAACAUUAUGUACCACCUGUGGCACACAGUUGAUGGUAAACUCUGUAACAUUAUGUACCAUCUGUGGCACAGUUGAUGGAAGGCAGUUUGACUUCUGUGUCGGCACAAUCAGAACUGUUAUCAAACUUGUCCAAGAUAUUACAACCAUAAACAUUGUAACAUAUCUCAACAUUUGGUGAUGAUUGGAUGAAAAAUGAUUGGCUUAGACAGAAAGCAAUUCUAACAAUUAAAGGGCUAUUACUCAAAACUUACGAUUCUGUCUUACUCUUUAGAAUAUUUACAAUAAUACGGUAGUGCUAGUAAUUCUAAGUAGCUCUAAGAAUAGCUCUUAGAACUCAACUCAACUCCACUUAAAUACUUUAUUGCUUCCUUUACAUAAGAUAUACGUGGUAAUGGUAAUGGUGUAUGGCAAUUAUGAAUAUUUUUAUAUACAUGGAUAUAUAUAUAUGUGUAUAAAUAAAAUGAAAUGA